AGGGAAGUUUCCCCCGAGUUUCCCUCCCUUUUCAUAUAUAAGAACCCGAGCGCGUACCCCGCAAUCUGAAACUCGCAUAUAGAUGCUAUGCUGUCGUCGCCGCGGGUCCUAAAUUCCCUUCAAUUUCGGAAGCGAUCCAGAUAGGUUUCUGCCAGUUUUCCCGAGGAUGGUGUUCGCGAUGCGUUCCUGGUCGGCCAACACCGAUUCAUACACCGAGAGUGGAGCGAAGAAAUUAAUGCUGGAGCUGAAAUUGAAGGUGAAGUCUCGCCCCAGCGAGAAAAUCAAAAGGAGAGCCAUGAGAGUUCUAUCACUAUCGCACCUAGGUGUAGAUACUAGUUGCUUUGACGAUAAAGAAGGGAUGUUCACGCUCGUUGGCCAUAUGAAUCCAGUUGAGGUGGUGUUCGAACUCCGGAAGAUUUGCGUCAUAUACAUUGUAAGCGUGGCCAUUCUGACCGCACGAAAUGAUGCCUUCCCUACAACAGACAGAAUCACCGAGCUAAUACUCAUUGAGGACACCGACCUGAAAGCGAAGAGAUCUUCAGGGAUACGGAUAUGUGAAGAGCAACAAGAACAGUCGCAGAAGCAGCAAGAAGACCACUCACCACCAGGACAAGCCGAUUCUUACAUAUCUCAAGUAGAAGCAUCACCUCUUUCUCAACCUCGUCCUCCUCUGUCUCUCCCUCUUGCUUCCGAGGCUCGACCUUCAUCCUCCCGAGUCUCACAUCCAUCUCAAGGAACGUCAGAUCAGAUGCAAGCUGCUCCUGAUUGGGCGCCUGAACUUUCGUUCCCGUUUGCUCCAUUGUCUUCGCACACUUUUUGGACCAAGAGUCUUGCAGACAUGCCGGCACAGUCAAGCAUUUCUGGGGGAGCUUGCCUUUUCAAGGACAUGAAACUUAUGGAGGAGGAGGGACUGGGAGGGCAAGAUCAGCUUUAUGACUCUGCCGUCCACCACCUCAUUUCAGGCAUCAAUGGCAUUGGUGAGCUCAAGAGGCGUUACGACCUUCGUGCUGGAGAACAGGCCAACCGCCUCAAGGAGAUGGAAGACACCGCCAUCAUGCUGUGUAAGCAGGUGGAGGAGCUGGAGGCCAAGGUGUCGAUGGCCAACAUGUCGGAGCAUCGUCUGAUGGAUAUGCUCAGGAUAAGUGAGGAUAGGCAUGCUAGGACAAAGAAGGAAUUGGCUCUUAUGCGAGAGAAAAUGGACGAGGCGGAUUGCCGGAUUGAGUACUUAGAAGCUGCGGUUUCCAGAUACCAGAACAGGAUUGCUGUAGCCGAAGUAGAGAAUGAGAAAGCAGAAGAGAGGGCGUGCGGGGCUAGUGUCGGGGGAGAAACCAUGAGCACACCUCGUCCGAGCCCUGUGCCUCCAAGGAGUACCUUCCUGAGUUUUGUUCCUUCUCCCAGUCCUCGUCUCACGGACUCGGAGGUGUGCAAGGAAAGCGCUCUUUUUCCUGAACUCACUUAUUAUUAGGACCGACGUCGAAUAAUAAGAGGAUUUAAACUAUUUUCCUAAAUACUCGUCCCGUAGUUUAUAAAUUAUAUUAGGUUUCGGGAGGAUUAGGUUUAUUCUCGUUCAUCAGUGUCCUUCCCUGUUUUGUCUGUAAAUAUUUCCCCUUCUAUUGUAUUUACCUUGAUAUUAAUAAUUCACCAGCGAUUACUGAUUAUAACA